UCUAGACCACCACCAGUAGUUUCCUUCCCGAUGGAGCUCGAUCUGCAUUCCCUGUUCCGCCUACUCCAAUCCUGUGAUACCCACCGUUCGAAUCACCAAGGAAGACAGCUCCACCUCCUCUUUCUCAAAAAGGGUCUUCUAAACUCCGGUCUCACGCUCGGAAACCGCCUUCUGCAGAUGUACGUGCGGUGCGGCAGCUUGAGUGAUGCGUGGAAGCUGUUCGAGGAUAUGCCUGAGAGAAACUAUUUCUCUUGGAAUACUAUGAUAGAGGGGUUCAUGAAAUCAGGGAAUAAGGACAGGUCACUGCAGUUGUUUGGCUCCAUGCCCUACAAGAACGAGUUCUCCUGGAGCGUGAUGGUUUCGGGGUUUGCAAAAGCCGGCGAGAUAGAGGUUGCUCGGAGUUUGUUUAAUGAUAUGCCGAGGAAGAACGGGGUUGCGUUGAGUUCGAUGAUUCAUGGUUAUGCUCGAAAUGGGUGUGCAAGAGAGGCGGUGAAGCUUUUUAAGGAUUUGAGUUCGGACCCUUCUGAAGUAUUGCAUCGUGAUACAUUUGUAUUGGCGACGGUUGUUAGGGCUUGUAGUGAUUUGGCAGCUCUUGAUUAUGGCAAGCAAAUUCAUGCACGCAUUGUGAUUCAUGAAGUGGAAUUCGACUCGGUUUUGAGUAGUUCUCUGGUUAAUAUGUAUGGAAAGUGUAGUGAUCCGGAUAGUGCAAAUCACGUUCUGAAUAUGUUGAAGGAACCGGAUGACUUCUCUCUAUCAGCAUUGAUUUCAGGCUAUGCAAAUUGUGGUAGAAUGAAUGAUGCAAGGAGAAUAUUUGAUAGCAAAAGUGAUCCAUGUGUGGUGUUAUGGAAUUCAAUAAUUUCUGGGUGUGUUUAUAAUAAUGAGGAAACUGAAGCAUUGGUACUCUUCAAUAAGAUGCGGAGAGAAGGAGUUCAAGAAGACUCCUCCACAGUUGCAAGUGUUCUGGGCGCCAGCAGCAGCUUAGGCAUUCUUGGACAUGGUAGACAAAUGCAUACACAUGCCUGUAAAGUUGGGGUAAUUGAUGAUGUUGUCGUUGCUAGUGCUCUAGUUGAUGCAUACUCCAAGUGUGGAAGCCCUUAUGAUGCAUGCAAAUUAUUUAGUGAACUCAAAGCCUACGACACAAUCUUACUUAAUUCUAUGAUCACAGUAUAUUCAAAUUGUGGAAAAAUUGAAGACGCAAAAUUGAUUUUCAAAACUAUGCCAAAAAGAAGCUUGAUAUCAUGGAAUUCAAUGAUAGUUGCUCUUAGUCAAAAUGGGUGUCCAGUUGAAGCAUUAGAUCUAUUUUGUGAGAUGAAUGAGAUGGACUUGAGAAUGGACAUGUUUAGCUUUGCCAGUGUGAUCAGUGCAUGUGCUAGCAUCUCUUCACUUGAACUUGGUGAGCAGGUUUUUGCUAGAGCUACCAUCAUCGGGCUUGAGUCUGAUCAGAUUAUUUGUACUUCCCUUGUUGAUUUCUACUGCAAGUGUGGUUUUGUUGACAAUGGAAGAAACAUAUUUGAGGGGAUGAUAAAAUCUGAUGAAAUUUCUUGGAAUUCAAUGUUGAUGGGUUAUGCUACUAAUGGUCAUGGAAUUGAAGCACUAACUCUGUUCACUGAAAUGAGGCAAGCUGGUGUUAGACCCACUGCUAUUACAUUUACAGCGGUUCUUUCCGCCUGUGAUCAUUGCGGACUUGUCGAAGACGGAAGGAAAUGGUUUUAUAGAAUGAAAUUGGACUAUGAUAUUGAUCCAAGGAUUGAACACUAUUCUUGUAUGGUGGAUCUUUUUGCCCGUGCUGGUUGCCUUGAGGAAGCAAUGAAUCUUAUAGAACAGAUGCCUCUUGAGGCUGAUGCAAGCAUGUGGUCAUCGGUGUUGAGAGGCUGUGUAUAUCAUGGAGAUAAGACUCUUGGGAAGAAGGUGGCAGAGAGAAUUAUUAUGCUUGAUCCUGAGAACUCAGGCGCUUAUGUGCAGUUAUCUAGCGUAUGUGCCAAAUCCGGAGACUGGGAAGGAUCAGCACAAAUUAGAAAUUUGAUGAGAUAUAAGCAAAUACAAAAGAAUCCUGGUUGCAGUUGGGCUAAUUGUUAAACUCAACACGGUUUGAUGAGAUUUUCUGCGUACAGCCAGCAUGCUUCAUGCGAGUAGAGCAAUUAAAGAAGAAUUCAUCGCUUGAAACGCAAGACCCAUAUGAAUGAGAAAGCGGAGAAAGUAGUAGCUAUUGAAUUAGCUUUUUCUCUGACUCUGCUUUAAGGUUAUUCAUUCACUCAUAAUCUGGUUCCUCUACUCUACACUUCAGUGAUGAAUAAAUUGUUACUCCAGAGACAUGCCAUGAUAUGGAAAUGACAAAUAAACUUUGUAACACAGUAGGCAAAGAAGGAAAAAGAAAGAAUCACGAGGGAGCCUCAAGCUUGUAAAUAAGCGGAUCACAAAUAUAUUUGAUGUGGUUUUCUUACUCACCGCUUUUUCA